UAUUCUCAGUUUGCCUGCCGAACCGAACGGACGCAAGCGCCCACGAGAAAUGGCUAGAAACCGAAUUCAGAUGCUGCUACUUGUUGUUGCGCUGACGGCAGCGAUAAGUGGAGGAAGUGCCUCCAGCAUUCCGGAAGACCUGCCCCACAAUCCGCUGGAGCACGACCCUCUGCACCCCAAGCACUUCGACGGAGGCGAGCACAAUGCCCAGUUUGACCACGAAGCCUUCUUGGGCCCGGACGAGUCCAAGAAGUUCGACAGCCUGACGCCCGAGGAGAGCAGGCGCAGAUUGGGCGUCAUUGUGGACCGAAUCGACGAGAACAAGGACGGGUCAAUCACAUUGGCGGAGCUAAAGAACUGGAUCGCCUACACCCAGAGGCGCUACAUCGAAGAGGACGUGGGUCGCGUGUGGAAGCAGCAAAAUCCGGACAACAAUGAUACCAUCAGCUGGGAUUCCUACAUGCAGGCCGUCUACGGCUUCAUGGAUGAUCUGAGCCCCGACGAGAAUGAACAGGAGGAAAAUGGAGUCAGCUACAAGAGCCUGCUGAAACGCGAUCGGUACCGCUGGUCGGUGGCCGACCAGGACUUGGAUGACAAUCUCAACAAAGAUGAGUUCACCGCUUUCCUGCACCCCGAGGACCAUCCCAGCAUGAAGGGUGUGGUGCUGCGCGAGACCAUUACCGAUCUGGACAAGGACCACGAUGGCAAGAUCUCGGUGGACGAGUACAUUGGCGACAUGUACCGAUCGACGGGCGCGGAAGACGAGGAGCCCGAGUGGGUGGCCAACGAAAGGGAGGCGUUCUCCAUGCAUCGCGACCUGGACCAAGAUGGCUAUUUGAACGAGGAGGAAGUGAAGCAGUGGAUUGCGCCCCACGACUUCGAUCAUUCGGAGGCGGAGGCCAAGCACCUGUUGUUCGAGGCCGAUGAGGACCACGAUGAUAAGUUGACAAAGGAGGAAAUUCUAGACAAGUACGACGUUUUCGUCGGCUCCCAAGCCACCGAUUUCGGCGAGGCCUUGGCCCGCCACGAUGAGUUCUAGAGAGUCUAGAUACCCAGCAUCCCUGAGAUUAAGAUUGAUCCUAUGAAUCUCCCACUUCGCAUGCCAAAUAACUUGUAAACAUGUCUAGCCCUUAAGACUUUAAGAAAGUGCAUUAUAAACCGAUUCGAAUGAAGUGCUCCCAUUUGUAUGUGGAACCACGACCAAUUGA